ACUUAUCAUUAAGUAACAGACUAUCUAUUAAAGACCUGCGCCAUGUCUGCUGUAUCCAACACGCUGAUGAUGACAAUCGCUACAAGUCUGCUGACUUUCGUUUUACCUCAGGAGAUGUUUACUUCGAAGAUAGCUCCAUGGGAGAACGAGGGUGAUGUCUCCUUUGAUAAGGAUGAUCAGUUCCACUGUACAGAAUACAGAAUGCAGGUUAACAAGUCCUAUAUUGUUCAGUACAAUCCACUGAAUGAUGUCAAUAUGGCUCAUCACGUCCUGGUAUUUGGUUGUUGUGAGCAGUACAAUACGGAAGGAGAUGGAACAUGGAACUGUCGGAAGAUUUGUCGCAGUACAGAGCCUAUACGGUUUGCCUGGUCCAGCAUUACUCUUAGCCAAGGUGACGGAGGUGUUGUGGACGCCGUGAGUGGAGACGAAUAUAUCCCAACAUAUGGUGUUGAGGAGGGGGAAGAAUUGACUCUAGUCAGGGAGUUGCUGGUUUACGGAACUGACACACACUUACAGAUUCAAGCAGAGGAAGAUUCAUCACAACCUGACGUCACCAUAAACUCUGAUGAAUCUGAUACCGAGCAAUAUGAUACGGAUACAGAAAAAGAUAAUACCAAAUCGUCAAUGAAAGAGUACUGGAAUGAGCACUCGAAAGAUGCAUCAAUGGAGGAAAUGAUGCUGGACAACGACGCUGAAGAACUCAGUAAAGAUGAACUACCUGAGAUAUUAUCGUAUCUUCCCACAUAUGAUUACUUGGAUAUUGUCGAACUUGGAGCCGGUAUAGGACGAUUUACUACUCACUUGGCGAAAAGAGCGAGGAAAGUACUGGCUGUUGAUUUCAUGGAAAAUUUUAUCGAAAAGAAUCGGGAAAUCAAUAAGAAUUUUACAAAUAUCGACUACCUUGCUGAGGAUGUGAUGGCCAUGAAGUUAAAAGCUAACGAAUGGGACCUUGUGUUUUCUAACUGGCUGUAUAUGUACUUGGAUAAUGACGAGUUGACCUACUUCCUACAGAACUCGCUGACCUGGCUCCGUACAGAUGGAUAUAUGUUCUGUCGGGAAUCCUGUCUUCAGCAGUCCGGAAGCAAGCUGAGAACCAUUAAUCCGACCUACUACCGAGAUCCCUUGGUGUACGACUCUUUGCUCGCUAGUGUUACCAUUCCCACAGAGGACGGCCAGGCAUUUUACGGAUUUGAGAGAGUCUUCUCUAAAUCAGUCGAUACCUAUGUCAAGAUGAAAAACAACGAUAAUCAGUUGGUAUGGUUGGUACAGAAGGUUCGGCGUCUAUACAAUACUAGUAAAGACUUUGUUCCUCUCCCUGAACUCAGGGAACAGCGACAUCUUGAAAUGUCUCGCACUCUACGUCGAGAGGAAUUGGUCGGUAAAGGAUUCAUUAAAACUGGCGGAAUUGAAAUCGCUAAGAUGGCGGCGGACAUGUUAAAUCUUCAAGAAGGUCAAAGAGUUCUAGACUUAAGUUGUGGAAUCGGAGGAUUUAGUAUAUAUAUUGCAAAGACGUACGGUGUAGAAGUUGUGGCUAGUGAUGGUUCAUCAACUGCGAUACACAUUGCACGUGAAAGAGCAAAGGAGGCUGGCGUACAACAGCAGGUUAAGUUUGAGGUCGCAUCUACAGAAAGACGAAUACACGCCCCUGAGUCAUUUGACGUCAUAUACAGUCGUGACGUCCUCGCAGAUGUCAAAGAUAAAGUGUCAUUGUUACAGCGUCUAUACGACGCUUUGAAGGCGGGAGGUAGAGUGUUGAUGGCGGAUUUCUGUAUUGACGAUGAUGUAGAGGAUAUAGAAUUAGAUACUGAUGUAUUCAUAGAAGAUCUCGACCAUAAUAGUAAUGUCCCAAGCAAGAUCACGUUACAGGUACUUUCAACGGGAGGAAUGAUUGACAUCAUGAAAGAAGUUGGCUUCGUUAAGGUUUCAGCUAUAGACAGAACUGAUGCUAUCCUAAGGGCACUGGAAAACGAGUUAUUUCUCGUUAAGGAACAAUCAAAUGCUGAAUGUUUGGACACACUUACGAUUAGGCGACAAAUUCUCAACAAGCUAAAGAGUGGCAAUUCAUGGAUGAUGAUAUACGCAGAAAAACAAACGAAAUAAACAAAUAAUACACACAUAUAUAUAAACAUGUAUAUACAACAUAAAGAUACACCAUAUCAUAAUUCCCACAAUUAAUAUCAAUUGCCAAACAUGACUCAUUGGACAUCUCUUUUCUACCGUCACAUCGUACCCUCAUCUUCAUUUUUAGAGAUAGUUCCGCUAUGCGUUUCGCUUGAUAUAUUGUCAACGUUCAGUAUAUCGCCGAAAUUGUGUCCAAUAAGAAAUAACAUUAUGAAUGGAACAUGCUUUACUUCACACAUACGUCAUCAAUAUGGUAGCUUUCUGAGACAUUCCGUUAUUUGUUGGAUACUAUACAAACUAUAAACAAUUAUAAACCAGAAAAAAAAGUGAUGAUAUAUCUAUUAUUAUUUUAAUGUUUACAUAAUAUUUAUAAAUGUACGAGUUGUCCUCUACUUAGCUCUUUAAAACGAAAUGUCAUAUCAAUUUUACAGUUUAAAGAUUUAAUGCUGUAGCCUAUAUGUGAUCGAGAAGCAACCAAGAAAUAUAUGCACUUAAAUAUCAAAUAUGUCUUUAUUAUCCGGUUUUAUUGGUCAACUCAAAACAUAUAUAUGAAAAAUGUAUAUUGAUGAUAAAUUGCCUUACUUUACAGUGGUUGGCAUGCAUCAGCAAAAACACUCGGAUAGUUAUUAAGAAAAGUUUUCCAAAUAUUUUUGGAAUUUUUUUCCCCCACUUUUUCCUGACAUGUUAGGAUAUGGAAAAAUAUAAUAAAUGAUAUUAACAUUUACUUAUUGGUGUACGUAUACAUUUGCAUUGAUGUGUUAAAUCACUA